AUGUUUUCUUUUUCAUCUUUAGGCUUACUUCAUGACUAGUUUUUCUGAAUAUGCUUAAGGUCAACUUAAAGUUUUGUUAACCAUCUUCCUUCAUGUCUGUCUUGUGCCAUUUUGGUGUCUUCGUCUGCCACAAAUACAGUGACAAGGGUUCACAAAGAUGGAUGCAAAGAACCCAAAGACACUGUUGUCUCUCGCUAUACAGAGCCUGCUGAGAAAUGAGUCUAUAGCAAUCCAAGCUCUGGAGGAUAUGCCAAGAGUCUUUUUUGUUCCACUGUUCAUUGCUGCCUUCGAGGGUGGCCAUAAGAAUAUAUUGCUUGAGAUGGUGAAAGUGUGGCCCUAUUACUGUCUCCAUAUUGGGUCAUUAACUGUACAGGAGCCUCAACAUGAACUCCUGAAAGCCAUGAUUGAGAAUCUUCCAGUGUGUCCUUCAAGGAACUCUGCUUCUAGGAGACCUAAACUGAGGAUCCUAGAUUUAAGGCAAGACAACGACUGUAGGACCACAUGCCAUGAAGGCAGCAUCAAGGAACCUUUCUGUUCUCAUUCUUGUACUUAUUCCGACAGCUCUAUCCUGAAAAUAGAAGGGCAGCAUCGUUUUGUGAAUACAGAUUCCAUGGUUCAGUUCCCCAGGCCUGUAGAGUUACUAGUGGAUCUUUCCCUAGAUGGCUCCUUAGUGGAAAAGGAAUUUUUGGUUUUGCUUACAAGUAAAAUUAGGGAGAGUUCAGGGUCUUUGCACAUAUGCUGUCGAGAUUUGCAAGUUGAUAAACUGUGUGACAGCAAAUGCACCCUGAAAAUUCUUGAUCUCAACUGUGCUAGUCAGUUGUCAAUUGAUAAGGGUUCACUGAGUGGUAUCACCAAUGUCCUGUCUCAGAUGGACCACCUAGAGAGCCUCAGUCUGUCUAAAGUCACUUUUAGAUCUCUGGGUGGGAAACUCUUUAAAAAUUUCCUAGGUCACUUGCAACGUAUGAACACUCUUAAGGAAGUCAGCUUCUCUUCAUUCUGUCUCACAGGUCAUCUGGACAGAGUGCUCAGAGUCCUGCCACCUGGACUGCGUUUCUUGUAUCUGCCAUUCUGUGAUCUUUCGUACAGAGACUUCAGAUUUCUGGCCCAGAGCCCUCAGGCCACCCACCUGCAGCAGCUGAAUCUUAGCAACAACUCAAUGUAUUGGGAUGAUUUUGAGCCUUUUCAAACUCUUCUGGCAAAUCUCUCUGGUACUCUUCGGCAUCUAGAGAUAAAUCACUGCCUUAUAAAUGAUACUGCAAUCUCUGUCCUUAUCCCUGCCCUGAUUCGUUGUACUCAUCUCCGUGUCCUGUGUUUUGCUUCUAACCCCAUCACAAUGCCUAUGCUUGUGACUAUCAUGAAUAAUUUAACACCCUUGAAGAAUCUAAAAUAUGUGAUUUAUCCCAUC